CCUCCCCUCUCCCCGCCGCCUGCCCUGCGGGGGUGGGUCUCCUGCCUGGCACCUGCGUGGUGCCUUCCCGUUGCGCCGCAUCGCAGCCUAAGCCGGAGCGGCGAGGGGUCCGGGCCUGGCGGGGGCUGCUCGUGCGCAGCUGGUGACCGGUCGCUCGCGCCGUGCAGCCAUGGCUUCCGGAGGGGAGGAGCCGGCCAGCAGCCCCCUGGACUGGGUGGACCCCAGCCUGGACCGCUGCUCCCCCGACCAGGCCAAGGCCAGCGCCUCCAUGCUGGACAGCAGGGAGGACUUUGAGGUGCUAGAUGACGACGACGAGGAGGACCUGAGUGAACUCCCCCCUUUGGAAGAUGUCGGGAAAGGGAAGGCGCCACCCGGCAAGGAGGGCGUCCAGGCUUCGGGGCCAGAGCCUGCUGGGGAGGGGGUGGGCGAGGAGCCACCGGCAGCUGAGGUGUGGCUGGACGUCUUGGGGAAUGGCCUGCUCAAGAAGAAGACCCUGGUGCCCGGCCAGGGCGCGGAGAGCCGGCCGCGCAAAGGCCAGGACGUGACUGUGCGGCUCAGGGUGAUGCUGGAGGACGGCAGCGUGGUGGAGGAGGACCCUGGCCUCACCUUCACCCUGGGAGACUGCGACGUCCUGCAGGCACUAGACCUGUGCACGCAGCUUUUGGAGAUGGGAGAGACGGCCUCGAUCACGUCUGAUGCAAAGUACUGCUACGGCCCCCAGGGCAGGAGCCCUGGCAUCCCGCCCAACGCCGCCCUCACUCUGGAGGUGGAGCUGCUGGCCGUGCAGGACGCCCCCGACCUGGAGCUGCUCAGCGGGAAGGCCAAGAUCGACCUGGCCAACCGCAAGCGGGAGCGCGGGAACUUCUACUACCAGCAGGCUGACUACGUGCUGGCCAUUAACUCCUAUGACAUCGCCCUCAGGGUCAUCGGCUCCAGCUCCAAAGUCGACUUCAGCCCUGAGGAGGAGGCCGAGUUGCUGGAGGUGAAGGUGAAAUGCCUCAACAACCUGGCAGCCUCUCAGCUCAAGUUGGACCAUUACGAGGCCGCUCUGAAAUCUUGCAACUUGGUCCUGGAGCACCAGCCGGAGAACAUCAAGGCACUUUUCCGAAAGGGAAAGGUCCUGGCACAGCAGGGCGAGUACAGCCAGGCCAUCCCCAUCCUGAAGGCAGCGCUGAAGCUGGAGCCAUCCAACAAGACAAUCCAUGCAGAGCUCUCCAAGCUGGUGAAGAAGCACGCGGACCAGAAGACCGUGGAGACGGAGAUGUACAGAAAGAUGCUGGGAAAUCCCAGCCCUGGCAGCACCCCUGUUAAAUGCAAAGACAAGUCAUCCUGGUCGAUUCCCUGGAAGUGGCUCUUUGGCGCGACAGCCGUGGCGCUGGGUGGUGUGGCCUUGUCGGUUGUCAUCGCUGCCAGGAACUGAUGCCAGUCUGCGAGAGGCCUGGGGAGCGGCUGCGCCAGGACCUGCGCUGGGCCUGGCAAGGUGAGCUCAGCUCGGUGCAGCGCUCCCUCCCCAUGCACUGCCAAAAUGACAAUGAUGACGACGACGACUUCUCUCUGCUGGAGGUGAUCGGUGCCCCUGGUGACAGAUCCAGCACUCGCCCCUGCCCCCUCCUCACACCCGCAGUCGCUCUGCUAGGAUGGGAAACCCUGGCUUAUACCUGUACGUAGAGGAUGAGAGCCCCAAGUUGCUGCCCAGUCUGGGCACCAAGGCCCUGCCCCAGUCGUGGCUGCCAGGGGUGCUCUGCAGCAAGAGAGGGUGCGGGAGGCUCCCCUGCAUGGGGCUGUUGUGACCCCCAUCCCUGCAGCACCCGGUGGCAGUAGAGCAGCCUACGUGACCCAGCUGGUGCCACCCGCCGUGGUGUCCUCACCAGGCAAGAAGCAGCACCUGUGUGCUCAGGGGUGCCGCUCUUUGUGUGACCCCAGC